GAGUGCGCAGGAAGCUGCGCCGGCGCUGCGGCGUUGCUGUCAGUCCAUCCUCUGGCUGUUCCCUAGCGUCCGCAUUUGCACAGCGGGUCCGGAAACCCGCAGCCGCGGUCUUCGUCCCGCGCCGUUUUCACCCCGCGCCAUGGCGGUGGUCGUGGCACGCCGUCCCGCAGCCGCGCGGCGCGGCCCGCUGCUCCCCCUGCUGUCAUUCCUGCUGGUGGCCGGCCCUGCGUUGUGCUGGAACGACCCUGACAGAAUGUUGUUGCGGGAUGUGAAAGCUCUUACCCUGCACUAUGACCGCUACACCACCUCCCGGAGGCUGGAUCCUAUCCCACAGCUGAAAUGUGUUGGAGGCACAGCUGGUUGUGACUCCUACACCCCCAAAGUGAUACAGUGCCAGAACAAAGGCUGGGAUGGUUAUGAUGUACAGUGGGAAUGUAAGACUGAUUUAGAUGUCGCAUACAAAUUUGGCAAAACUGUGGUGAGCUGUGAAGGCUAUGAGUCCUCUGAAGACCAGUAUGUACUAAGAGGUUCCUGCGGCUUGGAGUACAACUUAGAUUAUACAGAACUUGGCCUGAAGAAGCUGAAGGAGGCUGGAAAACACCAGGGUUCCUCGUUCUCUGAUUAUUACUCAAAGUUGUACUCUGCAGAUUCCUGUGGCAUUGGCGGAUUGAUUACCAUUGGGGUGCUUCUUACUGUUGCCUAUGUGGUUUAUAAGCUGUUCCUUAGUGAUGACCAGUGUUCUCCUCCACCGUAUUCUGAGUAUCCCCCAUAUUCCCAGCGCUAUCAGAGAUUUACCAAUGCAGCAGGACCACCACCCCCAGGUUUCAAGUCCGAGUUCGCAGGACCGCAGAGUACUGGCCAUGGCACAGCUUCUGGUUUUGGGAGUGCUUUUGCAGGACAACAAGGAUGCGACAGCUCAGGGCCAGGAUUCUGGACUGGUCUGGGAGCUGGAGGAUUGUUAGGAUAUUUGUUUGGCAGCAACAGGGCAACACCACCCUUUUCAGACUCGUGGUACUACCCAUCUUACCCGCCUUCGUAUGCCAGCUCAUGGAACAGUCGGGUCUACUCUCCUCUUCGUGGAAGCGCAGGGAGCUAUUCUGCAUGCUCCAACUCAGAUACAAAGACCAGGACAGCAUCAGGAUAUGGUGGCACUAGAAGGCGAUAAGGUUGAAAGCUGAAGGCUAACACUGGGUGCAAAGUUUCUGAUUUUUCAUCACUUUCUCUUUAAAGUGCUACCUGCUAACAGCUGGAGAAUGGGAAUAUCCAGAUUCUGUGGUGUUUUGUUCUUGUAUAGCUUCUUGUAUCCUAUUGUUUGUGGCUAGGAGUUGAUAUGUGACAUUGUGCUUAUGUAUUGUAUGUUACUUUAACAUGCAGGUGUAUGUGCAUUGCUAUUUUUGAAGCUGGUGGUUACUAUGGAAUGCUGAAACUGCCUUGUUUAUUUAUAUAACCUGUAAUGCCAGAGGAAGCAUUUAGAAUGAAGGCAUUAUACCCUGGAGAGGUUUAUUAUGCCCUGAGCUGGUUUUAGUUGAUGGGUCAUUACUUCAUAAACAGUAAUACUUUAUUUGGUAUUAAAAUAUGUGGUGUUUGCAGUUCUUCAAACAUUUAAACCAAGUUUUGGACUACUAAUUAAUACUGAUUCGCAGUUUCUAUCCACUUUUGGACUCCAGAACUUUGACUCUUUCUGUGGUAGUGGCAUUUGGUGAGUGAGUACUACCUUUUCUUGGUAGAAAAUAAGAAAAUAAGGUUGCUGUGAAUGAUUGUACGCUGGCAGAAACGGUUGAAAUCUGUAUUUUUCCACUUCCCAAGUGGCAAAAUUCAAAUGCUUCAAAAGACUUUCAAUAGCAAAAGCAUGCAGUUCUCUGUGGAAUCUUAAAUCUUGUUAAAUCUUGUUUAAUAGUCUGUUCCAGUCUUAAAUUAAUAUGACAAUAAAUUAAAGUAAAAGGUAGUAUUCUCA